AUGGCAAACGUUGAGAAGCUCCAAUUCCCGGCUUUAGACAUCACUGGUGCUAAUUACAUAUCUUGGACCACCAACGUUGAACUUCACCUCGAAUCUCUGGGUUUAACGGAAACCAUCAAAGAGAAGAAUACCUCAACGGCCCAAGAAAAGGCGAAAUCGGUGAUCUUCCUUAGAAGACACCUAGAUGAAAGUAUCAUCUAUGAUUACGCACACAUGAGAGAUCCCCAAGAGCUUUGGAAGUCCCUUAAGGAUCGUUUCGAUCAUCAAAAGGACAUAACACUUCCACUUGCUCGGGAUGAGUGGCAAAAUCUGAGGUUUCAAGACUUUGACAAAGUGAUGAACUACAAUUCUGCAGUGUUAGGAAUUGUAGCUAAAUUAAGGUAUUGUGGUGAAACCAUUACGGAGUCUCAAAUGCUUGAGAAAACAUACACCACAUUCCAUAAAAACCACAUCACUCUGCAACAACAAUACCGGUUGCGUGGAUAUACCAAAUUUUCGGAUUUGAUUGUGGCACUCUUGAUAGCUGAGAAGAAUAACGAGCUCCUUAUUAAGAAUCACAUGACACGACCCACUGGAUCUAAAGCGUUUCCUGAAGCGAACGCAGUGGAUGUUAAGAAUCCAGUUAAAGAGAACAAAGCAUUUCGGGGACGUGGCCGUCGAAACUACCGCGGACGUGGGAGAAACUACAGCCCUCAGAAUAGGAAGUCAUUCCAGUGGAUUCGUUCUGAACAACCCCCAAAGGGAAAAGAACACUAA